AUGGGCAAUUGCUGUGGCACCUCGUUCGAUUCCACGCACGUUCCGACGGCGAAGGUUGUCGUGCACGACGGAAGGUUGCUGGAAUUCUCGUACCGGGUUAAGGUUUCGUACCUGUUGCAGAUGUACCCAAUGUGCUUCAUAUGUGACUCUGACCAGAUGGGAUUCGACGACGUCGUUAAGGCGGUUCACGAGGACGAGGUUUUGACACCCGGUCAGCUGUAUUUCGCUCUCCCGUUGACCCGGUUGAAGCGGCCCUUGUCGGUGGAGGAGAUGGUUGCGUUGGCGGUGAAGGCUCGUUUGGCUCUCGCCAAGAUUGGUGGUGUUGGUGGUGACAAAUGUGGCUCUCGCCGGAAACAAAUUAUGUUUUUCUCCGGCGAAGGAAAUGCUAAACCUUGCCAGAAAGUGGCGCUGGAAUAUGGUGGUGCCGGCGCUCCUGUUGAUUCGUCUAGGAAGGGAAAGAGUAGAAGUAGUGGUGGCGGUCGCCGUGGUGGCGGUCGCCGUGGUCGGCGAAAGUUUACGCCGGUGUUGAGUUCCAUACCGGAGCAGGAGUGUAUAUAUUGA